CGUCGUCAUCAUCAGUUCCGAGCCUUGUUGCGAAGGCGGCUGUUUAGUUACUGCAGUAUAAUUUGUUAAGCACAAGCUAAACUACGAUAUCCGUAAAAUGAGAACUUACGAUUUUCGCGGAAUCAUGAUUCCUGUAUUGACGGCUUUCCAUGACGACAUGUCGCUUAAUUUGGACGCCAUCCCAAGAUACGCUGAAUAUCUGGCACAGAACGGGAUCCAAGGAAUUUUAAUUACAGGUACGAUCGGCGAAGGGAUGAGUAUGAAUUUGGACGAACGCAAGAUGCUCAUCGAAGCCUGGGCGAAAACCGUGAAGGUGACCCACCAGCACUUGAUGGUACAAGUGGGCGGAACUUGCCCCCCAAACGUGUUGGAACUGGCUCGUCACGCGGAGAAUUGUGGGGCCGACUCCUUGCUGUGCCUGCCGGAGAUUUAUUACAAACCGAAAACUACCAAAGAGCUUGUCGCUUACUUCAAACUGGUUUCUGCGUCUGCGCCGGAAACACCUCUGAUUUUUUACAAUUCUCCAACAAUCACCGUAGGCCAUGUGAACAUAUUAGAUUUUUUGAGGGAAGCCGAAGUAGAAAUUCCAACGUUGCGAGGAAUUAAGUUUGCGGAUGACACCUUUAAUCGAGCUUACGACGUUCUCAAAGCAGUCGACGGCAAGUACGUCGUCUUCAUUACCAACAAUACGAUGCUUACGUGCCCAGGUUGAAAGCAGCAGCGAAUUUUGUUCUGCCCAUUAAACUGGGGUCAGUCAGAUCGCCGUUGGAAGCAUUGGGUGAUGAAGAUUUACAAGUCCUAUUAGGUGAACUGAAACCAUGG